UUCACAGACGGUCCCUAAGAAGGGCGCUCCCCGUGUGUGCUCACUGUGCUGGUGCUGAUGCAGACACACUGAAGCAUCUAACCGGACAUAAACCACAGGAGGUGUUUCAAAGUGAUGCUUUGACAGUUUGAAGGGCUUCGUGAGCCAUGGCGGUGCGCUCUGACCUGUUGGGGUCGUCUCAGCCGGUGUUUGAGUCCUGGCCUGCAGCUGGUGGCGGUCCUUUAGAGGAGCUGGACGUCAGGAGUUCCCUGGGCUCACUGAUGGAGGAGAACAGCACAGCAGUGAGAUGUUAUCGCUCUCACUCUCGCAGCAGUGUCCUGCAGGGCCUGCCCUUUGGAGGAGUCCCCACUGUCCUCGCCAUCAACGUCGUUGUGUGGCUGUUCCUGCUUUUAAUCUUCUCCUGUUUGAGGAAGGCAGCGUGGGACUACGGCCGCCUGGCUCUUCUGAUGGAAAAUGACAGCUUGACAUCAUUAUUCUAUGGAGAACAAAGUGAGAAGGAGAAAACCCCAUCAGAAUCCAGCCCAUCAGACUCGGAGACCAAGGACACGGGCUUCUGUUCCUGGCUCACAUCUCUGUCCCACAUGAAGGACGAGGAGAUCCGCAGUAAAUGUGGCAUUGACGCGAUCACGUACCUGUCAUUCCAGCGCCACAUUAUCGUUCUCUUGACGGUGGUGUGUUUGCUGUCGCUCACCAUCAUCUUGCCCGUCAACCUCUCCGGGAACCUCCUCGGAGAUAGUCCACAAAAUUUCGGCCGAACAACAGUGGUUAAUGUCCCUGCGCAGAACACAUUUCUGUGGUUGCACAGUAUCUUUGCCCUGCUGUAUUUUGUGAUCACCGUCCUGUGCAUGGCCCAUCACUCCUCACAACAGAAAUACAAAGAGGACGAGAAGGUGGCCAGAACUCUGAUGAUAACGUCAAUUCCAAGAGAAAUCUCUGAUCCCGGCCUGAUCACCAAACACCUGCAUGAAGCCUACCCCAGCUGCACCGUUACAGACAUCCGGUUCUGCUUUGACGUACAAAAACUAAUGAAGCUGGACUCUGAAAGGCGAAAAGCAAUGAAAGGAAGGCUGUACUUCACAACCAAAGCUCAGAAGGAAGGCAGGAUCUUGAUAAAGAUGCACCCCUGUGCACAGAUCUUCUGCUGUGAUAUAUGUGGCUUUGAACAGGUGGAUGCAGAGCAGUACUACAGUGAGCUGGAGGAGAAACUGACCGAUGAGUUUAAUGCAGAGAAGAACCGGAUCUCUAUGAAGAGGCUGGGCAUUGCCUUUGUUACCUUCAGAGAUGAGAGGAUGACUGCAGUUAUUGUGAAAGACUACAGCCGAGCUCGCUGCCGCCACAGACCCCAGCAGUCCAGCAUUACCACAGUGGUGCGGUCCCAUCAGUGGGGUGUUUCUUAUGCCCCUGCCCCUAAUGACAUCAUCUGGGAAAAUCUGUCAGUGUGCGGUUCUCGCUGGUGGCUCCGCUGCGUCCUGCUCAACAUUCUGCUCUUCCUCUUGCUCUUCUUUCUCACAACCCCUGCUAUCAUCGUAAACACUAUGGACAAGUUCAACGUCACUCGGCCUGUUGAAAGCUUAAGGAACCCAGUAAUUACCCAGUUCUUCCCCACCCUGCUCCUGUGGGCCUUUUCCAUUCUCCUGCCCUUCAUUGUGUACUAUUCAUCUUUCUUUGAGUACCACUGGACCAGGUCCGGUGAGAAUCAGGUCACUAUGCACAAAUGCUUUUUACUGCUGGUCUUCAUGGUAAUCAUUCUACCAUCACUGGGUCUAUCCAGCUUGGAUUUGUUCUUCAGGUGGCUUUUUGACAUCCACUUCCUGGAUGAAACAGAUGUAAAGUUUCAGUGUGUGUUUUUGCCUGAUAACGGAGCUUUUUUUCUGAACUACGUGAUCACGUCCAGUCUGAUCGGAACGGCCAUGGAGCUUUUGCGUAUUCCUGCUCUACUGGUGUACUCUCUUCGCCUCUGCUUUGCCAAAUCUAAAGCUGAACGUAUCCACGUUAAAAGAAGUCAGGCCUAUGAGUUUCAGUUCGGUCUUGAGUAUGCCUGGACCAUGUGCAUAUUUUCAGUCAGUAUGACCUACAGCAUCACUUGCCCCAUCAUUGUACCUUUUGGUUUGCUUUACCUCGUGCUGAAGCAUAUGGUAGAUCGGUAUAAUAUCUACUACGCCUAUAUACCCACCAAGCUCAGCCAGCAGAUCCAUUCGGCCGCCAUCAGUCAAGUGGUGGUGGCGCCCAUUCUCUGCAUGUUCUGGUUGCUGUUCUUCUCAGUGCUCAGACUGGGUCCAAUGCAGCCCAUCACUCUGUUCACUUUCAUAACUCUCCUGUGCUGUAUUGUCUUCUCCUGCUUUGGUUUUUGUCUGAAAAAACUACGACAUGACAGAUCAACAAGCUAUCAGAUGUCCGAUCAGACGACAGAAGAAGGCUUCAGUGAUGCGGAGAGAAGCACUGUUUCCACCACAACCACAGCUAAUCUUUUUAUAGCCUCUGUCCUGCUGGACCCAGAGCUGGGCCUGACUCCCAUGCCCUCUCCGGCCCACCAGAGCUACGGCACCAUGAGGAACAGCCAGAGUUCAGUGUGUGACGCUGAAGGAGUGGAGGAAAAGGAUCUGGAGGAAACUUUGGAGACUGAACUCAAGGAUGACACAGAUCCCAGUUGCCCGAGCCCUCUCAUGGACAGUCCUGUGGGUUUCCAGUGACCGACCUGCCCAACGUUCCCACUCCCUAACUAACGCUCAAGCCCAAUGCCGCAUCUUAGCUAGUGGUUGAUAAAGAGGCACUAUGCUGCACAUCUUUUCCUCUAGAACCUCCAUUUAAGUGUAAAAGACAACAAAUUGCAUCUAUCCAAGCAAACUGCUUUAAAAGCUUGUUGGGAAUUCAAUGACAUGGCGGUUUUAGUUCUGAGGACUUGAGCUUUCAAAGAAAAAUCUGAAGUGGAUAAAAGCAAAGAUCUGUCAAAAAAUGAGACCAGUCCACUUCUCUUGCUCGGACUAUGCUUUCUACUUUCCUCUAUUUUUCUUUUCACGCUAAUGAUGUUAAUGGGUGUCUGGUGGUUUGGUUGAUUGAAGCUUGGAACAUUGCAUUUUGACAGAUUUUUUCUAUGUACUUUUUUAUUCAUUGUCACAUCGUAAAGCUUUAAAGGGUUUAGGCAAUGCUCCUGCAAAUCCGAUUUGCUUAAUUCAUCUUUUGCUGUUGUUACAGUGUGUGCUUACUAUUGUUAUUUUUAUUCAGUACUUGUAUUUUAGCAAUGGUACAUAAUUGUGCAACAUUAUGCUGAGAGGCUGUUUUCAUGUGUUUUCUAUUAGUAGAUUAUUAUUACUGUUAUUAACACCCUCAACCUUUUUUGUAGUGUGCGCCAGAGUCAAUCUCUCCCAGUUAUUGUUUGUUUUUCAGUGACAAUAGCAGUUGUGUUGUACAUACUGCAGUCAAUUGGCACUACAUAAUAUUUCAAAUUCAGAGACCCUCAUUGCGUAAUUUGAGUUUUUUUUUUUUUCUGUGCUGUUCAAUCAGUAAUUUGGUCUAAGGAGAAGAUGUGAGAGGACAUUAGAAAGUGAAGCUUUUUACUGACUAUUAAUAUACAGUCUAAUUUAGCAGACUCGCAUAAUGACCUGAAAAAUGUGCAAAACAAUCAGUUUGUAGGAAAAAGAUAAACAAAAAAGAAGAGCUGUUCAAUCAAUGCUCAAAAAGACUCUCGGCAGCAUAAUUUUGACUCCCAAUUUAUACAGUAGUGCACUUAUAAUGAAAGUCUAUAGAGCAAUGAGGGUUUAAAGCUCUGUGAAGCUAAAAAAUCACUGAUUUAGAGCUCCAGACAAAAUAAAAUGAUGAGAGAGCCACUGGCUCCGAAAAAAAUGAAACUUUGUCUUUUUGUCUGUUGACUGAUAACUAUAGAAUCGCUUGAUAAAGAUGAUUGUUCAGUCAUUGAGUUCGUAUCAUUAUUGAGAUUUUAAUAUUGUCACUCCUGCAUGCAGUGAGGAAAACAGUAUAGGCCUACAGACUAUAACGAUUUAAGUUAUAAACUUAUUUUUUAAUAGUACCCAACAAAUUCGUUUCAGUUGUUGUCACUGUUUUUGCAAUAAAAACUCACUCCAUUGUGUAAGCAUACUUUAAAACGACGUUCGAGAGUGGCAAUGGUGUCCACCGUGUUUUUGGAAAAUUUAGCUCAGAAAUUUCCUGACCCAGUCUGAUUUUAAUAGCUAAAUCGUGGCUUUUUAGUGAAUAUUGAACUGAAAGAAUCGGUUCACAAGAGUCAUUUAGCCCCGAAUCAGACAUCAAGCUCCGUGUUCCGUCACGUGCAUGAAACAUUGGCGCGCAUUCCAAACAGACGACGUCUGAAGAAACCGCAUUUGAGCGGGAAAAAGGCAUUAACGGCUUGAUUCUAAAUGAUCGUGUUGCGCAUUUUAUUCACAGUCUGGAGCCCUAAAUUGUGUUAUUUGAGCUCUAAGUUGCCCUACAUUUACAUGGUCAGGACAGUUGAAAAAUUUCCUCAUACAAGGUAAGCUAUUUUGUUCAACUUAUAAAACGUUUUGUGGCUAUACAUUUGAAACAAUUUGUAUUUUAACAUGUAUUCUGGUGCCAUGUUUAUACCACAGUCUUUUAUAGUAAGUGCACUGCUGUAAACAAAUAUUUGGUUUAGAUUUUUUUUUUUUUUUUUUUUUACAAACUGACGGAUUCUAUCAAUGGAGCUUAACCUAUUAAAAACACAACCUUUUUUAAAAAACAUUUUCAAAUAUUUUCAGGGUAAAAUCAUUUAUGAUAACACAAAAUGGCACAUUGGAUGAUCCUGCUACUCAAUUCAUAGUUUCCAACUGCAUGUUGUUCUACUCUGUCACACACUCAAACCAGCCUGCAGCUCUCUUUAGAUCCGUUAAGUGUUGCUCUGGCUUCUGUAAUACCAAUUUUCUUAGUAAAUUUUGUAUUCUUGGUCUUUGCUGCUAGUGGUUCUAGGACUGGAAGGGAAGGGUGGGUGGAGGGUUUUCUUGCCAAGCUGAAUGUAAAUGAGUUGUGAUUUGUACCGUGCUCUCUUGCUGUGCCUUGAAGAAACAUAUCUUAAGAAGAAAAUAGGAAAAAAAACAUGUUAUGUCUGACAAUCCAGCAUGACCUGCAAUAUGCUGCAUGGACUACAGAGCAAGAUAAGACAAAGGAGCUAAAUUCUUAAGCGCAUUCCACCAAUGAUCACUAAAGAUUUCUAACUUAUUUAAAACCGACUUUGCCCUAAAACGUACUCUUUGCAAGUAUGCAAAUGAUUCUUGCUAAGCAGCUAAGUGAUUUCUGGAAUUGUCAGAGCACUACUGAGAACAACGCUAAAGUCCAUUGCGUUCUUAGCGUUCUAAAUACCUCUAUAAUGAAUAGGUUAAAUGUUGUAAAAAAAAAAAAAAUGUUGCAAAAAUGUUGUCUUCGUGCCCCUUACUUUGGCAAGAGCAACAGUUUGAAGAGAAUCUUGUUGAGCAAGUUAAAUUUUGUAACCGGUUUUACAUGUUUAUUGUUAGCACGCUAAGCAUAUUCAAUAGGCCAAAUGCGCUGACCAGAUAUUUACGUCUGCGUACUUUUGUAUAAGUAUGUUUCUGGCCAUACUGUUUAACAGCAACAUCAUUCCAUCCCAGUUGCAUCUAAUUCAGACCGAUUUUCAUUGGUUAUGGUCAAUCACAGUAUCUAUAAAUACAGGUAAAUAACACACAAACAUAUGCAAACACUCUUACGUCAAUGUCUUCAAUAUCUAGGUACCUGACAAACUGCUAUUGUGAGAUACUUUUUGAUAUUUAUUUUUCUGUUUGUAUUCUCAAGCUGUUGAUGUGUACUACUGUGUUACUCAGUGUUCGGGCCGUUUACACGACACCAUUUUCAACUAAAAUCGUAAAACUUUUUAUGUGCUCUGGCCGUUCAUUUACAGGACAGCGGCGCUUUGACUGCCGAAAACGUGCACGUUUUUGAAAACUAUAUUUCUGUCAGGACCACUAGCGUCAAAUACGAUUUCUGGGCAAGAAUGCCCUGUAUGGGAGUAUGUAGAUUAAGUGUCGUAUUCCUAUAGGUAGACGUGGAUCAGCUGAGACUCAGCUGAUGCGAGCUUGACUAACGUGACCUGCCAGAACUGAUGCUACACUUGAUCGUUAUCUUCCCUGUGUAAACUACAAAAAGAGGAAUUUGUGAAAAUGGUGACAUCAUUCGCAUGCAUAUUACAUGUUCAGUCCAGAGGCACGGAGUGUUUCUUUAUAAAGUGACAGUGCCACUUACUGGCCUGGAAUGAAUAAUACAGCAUUUUUUGUCGUUUUUGUGGAACGGCUGCACGAAAAACGGAAAGGAAAAACUUUUAUGUUUUUAGUACAUAGUUGUCGUGUAAACGUACCCUCAGUUUAUAGAAUGUGGCUUGAGGUGCCACUAUCAUGUGAUGGGGUGCUUAUGACAAAGUAAAUUGCUGCAAAUUAUUAAAUUGCAGCAGCACAGCUCUUAAGGGUGUAAAAUAUAAUUUACAAAAAAUCA